CAUUACCUUAGUGGAUGCAUCCAUCGAGCUGGAUUGGACAUAGCUACCUAACGGUAGUAAAUGUAUUAAUCUACGUUUAGGUAAAUCGUGACUGUAUAUGCAAUAGUAUUGGUGCGUGGAAUGCUUAACAUUAGAUAAUCGUUAACUUCGGAGAGAAGCAGAUGACCUCAUUCCAGUUAGCCAGCAAGAAAAGCUAACAACGCAAAGAAUAACAGGUUUUCCUGUCCGCCUUGGCUAGCUAGCUUGUGAGCUAGCUAGCACAAUACCUCCCACCGAUACGGGUUCUACGGGAAAUGGUCGACGUUCUCAUGUGCCCAUGGAGAAGGCAGCCUUUGAGGGGUGGCUGGAGUCGGUCUCCACCUCUUUCCUCACACUGAGCGACCAGCAGCGCAACCAGACCCUGGACCAACUCAUCUCGCUGAGUGGUGCUGUCCAGCUGCGGCACCUGUCCAACGUACUGGAGGCGCUGCUCAAGCGGGACUUCCUGCGACUGCUGCCCCUGGAGCUCACCUUCUACUUGCUGCACUGGCUCGACCCGCAGACCCUGCUCACCUGCUGCCUGGUGUGCAAGCAGUGGAAUAAGGUGAUCAGCGCGUGCACAGAGGUGUGGCAGGGUGUGUGCCGGGACCUGGGCUGGCGCAUCGACGACUCCAUCCAGGACGCGUCCCACUGGAAGGGUGUCUACCUCAAGGCCAAGCUGCGCAUGAUGCAGUUGAAGGACCAGGAGGCCUUUGAGACGUCGUCGCUCAUCGGGCACAGUGCGCGCGUCUACGCCCUCUACUACAAGGACGGCCUUCUCUGCACAGGCUCCGAUGACCUUUCUGCCAAACUGUGGGAUGUCCGCACCGGGCAGUGCAUCUACGGCAUUCAGACGCACACCUGUGCCACAGUGAAGUUUGACGAGCAGAAGCUGGUGACGGGGUCCUUUGACAACACCAUCGCCUGCUGGGAGUGGAGCACGGGGGUCAAGAUCCAGCAGUUCCGUGGUCACACGGGUGCAGUGUUCAGCGUGGACUACAACGAUGACCUGGACACGCUGGUGAGCGGCUCGGCCGACUUCUCGGUGAAGGUGUGGGCCUUGUCGGCAGGCGCCUGCCUCAACACCCUCACGGGACACACAGAGUGGGUCACCAAGGUGAUUCUUCAGAAGAGUGAAGUAGAAUCCAUGGUGCACUGUCCUGGUGACUACAUUCUGUUGAGUGCAGAUAAAUAUGAAAUAAAGGUUUGGCCUAUAGGCAGGGAAAUCAACUGCAAGUGCUUGAAGACCCUGUCUGUGUCAGAGGACCGUAGUGUGUGUCUGCAGCCUCGCCUGCAGUUUGACGGCCGCUACAUUGUCUGUAGCUCGGACCUGGGGGUCUACCAGUGGGACUUUGCCAGCUUCGAUAUCCUCAGGGUCAUCAAAACGCAGGACCCUGCCAACCUCUCCCUGCUCAGCUUCGGCGAGGUGUUUUCGCUCCUCUUCGACACCGACUUCCUGUAUGUCAUGGACCUGAGGACAGAAAAGAUAACGGGCCGUUGGCCUCUGCCUGCCUACAGGAAGUCCAAACGAGGUUCCAGCUUCCUGCCGGGAGUCACCUCCUGGCUCAAUGGGCUGGAUGGGCGAAAUGACUCUGGCCUCGUGUUUGCCACGAGCAUGCCUGACCAUAGCAUUCACUUGGUUCUGUGGAAAGAAAACCGAUAAAGAAAGCUAGCGGCGAAACCUACGAUGGCUAGGUUGUCAAUUGCUAUGUAAACGGGGUGCUCCGACUUUCGAAACCCACCGCCAAGUUAGAUAAUGCAUGGGCCAAAGUUGUUUUUCUACCUUUUUUCUCUCGACACAUGCUCUCAUACAUACAUACAUGCAUCAUGUGACAUGCUGUCAGAAAGAGUAUUGGAGAUGGCUUCACCAACCACCAUAAGACGCACCGAAACGCUGCUAUGAAUACAAGGGGAUGAAAGGCCCAGUUCAGAGGGCCAAGGCAGCAGUUGGUUUUAGUUCCAACCCUGCCAUGGGUCCUCUCACUUUGAAGGAAAUACAAGGACCGGGAGGGUGGCUGAAUGAAGACCGAACUCUCGGAAAACGGCGUGGUCAAUGACAAAAGUUGUCUAUAACCAUUAUUGACUGUGACAAUUUUACAAAAACAUAGCAAAACAUGUCAGGCUCUACAGCUGUAGACAUUUCCCCUGUAUUACCAUGUAUCAGAAUUUCGGGCAGGGUUCUCCAAGCAGCAACGAGGCGGGGAGUUGCCUUAAUAACACAGUACUUCUUUACAAGGAAGUACAUCUAUGACUUUGGCACAGUGUGGCCUAGGUUUUUCCUAGACUGUCACCAACCAUCCCCAUGAGAGUUUGAUGUUGAAAUGUUCAAAGUGGUUUGGUGCAUCGGAUUUGUACCAUAUGAAGCUUUGUUGGAUAUUCAAUGUAACUCCAUAGUUUGAUAAUGCUUUUCUUAGGGGUGCUUGUUUUUAAAGUCAACUUCAGACAUUUA